UAAUGGAUAAAAAUCUAGAAGUUUCUGAUUUAAGUUCAAUCAAACCAAUAAGAGUUAGUAAUAAUAGUGAAUUGAUUUAUUUUAAUAUUGCUAAAACAGUAAAUGGUUUUAUAGAGUUAGAUUGAUAUCAAUAUUCUUUAAGGAGUAGAAAUAGAUUUACAAAAUAAGGAAGUUCAAGUAUUUUAAAAUGGUGAUAUUGCUUUUGGUGUUUAAGUGAUAGAGGAUAUAACAUGUAAACAAAUAGUGCCAUUAUUUAUAAAUCAUGGAAAAUUUGAGAGUAAUUAAACGCAAAUAAGUGUUAGAGAAAGAAAUAAGCAAAGUUGUAAACAUAUUUGAGACUGUACCAAUGACUGGAAUAAAGAGAAGAGCAAUAAAAAAAAUAUAACCUGUAAAAAAUAAGAUUUUACUUUUAGAGAAGCUUAAUAAAUAAGAAUUGAUUGAUAGAUUAGGGGUUUUUCUAUUUUUGUUAUAAUAUUAUAAAUAUAAUACUUAUUAAUAAAUUAUCAUAAUAUAAAUUUGGAAUCUAUGAAUUUCAUAUUUCUUUUAGUAUGGUUAUAAUAGAGUCUGGCAGCUUAUUAUAAAGGAAAUUAUUUAUUUACUGAGACUAUAAAAGGAACAUGUGACUAUACAAGAAAUAGUCAAUAUAUAUAUGAUUACAAAGUAGUUUAGUCUUAUAAAAUAGGAUCUAGGAGGUAGUAAGAUAGACGAUGCAUUAUCGAUAGGCUUUGGAUUUUGGUUAUUUUUUGAUACUUCAAGAUAGGAACUUCUUUAUAAUACAAGUAAUCUAUUUCAUUUAAGUGAUAAUGAUAAUACUUUCAAUUAUAGGAUAAUAUCAUUUGGAUUAAAGAAAUAUGGUGUAAAUUCCACUUUAGAGUUAUUUUAAUAAGAUUAGAUUUUGAAAUAAGGACCAUCUAUUAAUAUAAAUACAGAAGUAAUUAUGGAUGAUAAAUGGUUAUUUGUAUAUGUUUCUUAUGAUUUUUUGUUUUUGAAAUAUUAAUUAGGAGUAUUUGAUGUAGAUUAAUCUGUAAUAAUAAAUGGAACAUAUUCAUGUCCAAAUUAAUUGAAGUUUUGUACAAAUGAAACAUUACCUUAACCAUUUUUAAAAAGAGAAAAGUUAAAAUUAUAUAUUGCAUAAAAUGGACCUUAUAGGAAUGAUUCAAUAAAAAGUAGAUCAUGGUGUGGUAGUGUAUCUGGUUUUUAAUAUUACUUGGAUGUAUAAAUGGUAAGUAAUUAUAAUUUACAUUCUUUAAUGUAUGGAUUUGAUAAAAAUGGAAUUUAUUUGAAUUAUCCACUUACUUAAAUGAGUGGAAAUUAACUUUAUGAUUUUAGUGGUGCAGAAUUGGAUGUUUAACAUGAUAUAACUGUAGAUUGGACAGAUUAAGUCUUUACAAUAGGAUAGCCUAUAUCUAUUAAUAUUCCAAUAAAAAGAUUUCUUUAUAAUAGAUUUACUUUAUCUUUUUGGUUGAAGGUUGAUGCUGGAAUUAAUUUUGCAAUACUUUAAAGAAUGGUUGAUAGUGUUAUUAUGUUUGAAUUAGAUCUUACUUAUUAUGCAAUAGAUAAUUAUUAUUUCUUUACAGUAAUAAGGGAAAACUUUAAAUCUUCAAUUAAUGUAUAAUUUAGUGUAAAUUAAUGGAAUUAUUUUGUACUAAUUUUUAAUUAUGAUAAAAUAUAAUAUGAAGAUGGAACUUUAACUAAGUUAACUGUAUAUAAAAAUAAUGAAGAUCCACAAAUUUUUGAUUUAACUGUUCCUGUCUAUUAUCCUGUAUAAGAUAGUGAUAUACUAAUAUUUGGUAAAAGAGAUGCAAUUCCUGUUGGUAAGACUCUAAAGAUAGCUAAUUUCUAAUUGCAUUAAGGAGCUAGAGUAUUUAGUCAUAAAAGUAUAGAAGUUGGAGAUACAACAUGUUUAUUAUCUGCUCCAAAAGCAUUUAAAUAUAAUUGUUUAUUAUGUGCAGAUGGAUAUUUCUUAUUUGAAAAUAAAUGUAUAACUAGUUCUGAUUGUACUAAUAAAAAUGGUGUAGCUGAUGCAGUUAAAAAGAUUUGUUUACCUGGUUGUGAUAUGAAGUGUAAAACUUGCAAUAAUCUAACACCAACAGUUUGUUUGCAAUGUAUUAAUAACUUAGAACUUAAUAGUGGAGUUUGUAGUUGUCCAAAUACUGGUUAUAUAGGAACAGGUAAAUAAUUAAAAUGUAAAGAAUUUAAUGAAGUUGAAUCCACAGAAAUUGGUAUAUUUAAUGCAAUACUCAAUUAUGUUAAAAGUGGAAUCAAUUAUAGAAAAGAUGAAUUACAAAUAUCCUUUAAAGAUAUAUUCACUAAUAUUCCAUCUGUUAUUGUAGCUAUUAAAGAGAUAAAGAUAUCAUAAGGUAAUUCAUUUAGAUUGAUGGCUACUCAGGUAACAUAAGAAACAUUUGUACUUUAGGUUGAAGUUUGGGAUCAAACUACUAUUGAAAAUUUAGUAAUUAAUUAUUUUGCUACUAUUUAAACUAAUUAAUUUAUUUUAAUGUAAGAAGAAUAUGAUACAUCUAAUUCAUUUGGUAUUGGAAGUGGAAAUAGAAUACAUUAAAUUUAGAUUUUAUUAAAUGAAUGGAAUAUGAAAUUAUAGUAUCCUAAAAUUAUUCCAUUUUUUAAUGGUAUGUUAUUUAAAUAAGGAACUACAAAUAUUACUAUUACUUAAACAUCUACUAUUGAUACUGUAAAUAAAUAUUUGCUUGUAGACUUUAAAAUUAAAGAAGAUAUUCAAAUUAAUAAAAUCUAUUAUAGUUUCAUUUUAAUAUCUGAAGAAUUUGAAACUUUAACUUAAUAAUUUAAUUCUUAAACAGAUAUUUUAUGGAUUACAUAAACUGGAGAACAAAAAUAAAAUAAUACUAUAUAUUCUUUUAAAAAUGAAUAACCUAAUCACUUUUAUGGAAUAUCUGUUAUGGGAUAUUAACAUGCUGAUAUUAAAAAUAUUGUUGUUUAAAGUGAAUAUAAUUCUUAAAUUAAUAAAUAUAUUCUCUAAGCUAAUACAUAUGAUAAUACAAUUAUAGACUUUUUAUAAAUAUCAAUAAUUGGAAUUGGAAUUAAUUGUUAAACUUAUGGUUGUUCUUAAUGUAUAUCCUCACCAGUUGAUUGUUUAACUUGUAAAGAUAAUCUGAUGGAUCCUGUUCAAUAAUGUUUGAAUUGUGCAAGUAAUUAAUAUUUAGAUUCAAAAUAUUCAUGUUAAUAAUGCAAAUGGAAUUGUUUAACUUGUGAAGAUGCUGAUUAAUGUCUUACUUGUCCUACUAAUGUUAAUAGAUAUGAUGAUCCUACCAAUAAUUGUCCAUGUUAAAAUGGUUAUUAUGAUAAUGGAGUUACUCUUUGUGUUUCAUGUGAUUGGAGAUGUGAAAAAUGUGAACAAUCAGCUACAACUUGUACAUAAUGUAAGGGAGCUAAUCGUAAUUCUGAUAAAUCAUGUUAAUGUAAUGAUUAAUUUUAUGAAGUUGGAACUGAUUUAAUUUGUAAAAGUAAAAUUAUUACAUAUAUAUAGAUUGUUAGGAACCUUGUGAUUUAUGUGAUAUUUUAGGAUGUCUUACUUGUUUAGGUAAUAGGGUUGUUAAUAAUAAUAAAGAAUGUGUUUGUCCUUCAGAUGGUGUACCUAUAAUGAAAAGUUAGUAUUGUGAAACUUGUGAUACUGCUGAAGUCUUGGUUACAUUAUAUUAAACAACUGAAUCCAUAAGUAUAUUCUUUGUCAAAUCAAAUACUUCAUAUGUUUCUUAAGAUUAUUAAUCUUAUAAUCCAUAAGAAUUGUGCAUUAAAAUUAUAGCCAAUUAAUAAUUUUCAAGAUUUGGAUUAGGUCCUAAAUGUUAUUAUAAUGGUACCAAUAUUGAUAUAGAGUUUGGAAAUGAAUCUUAAAUUAAUCUAAUGGAAGAAAUUUAAUUGAUUGACAAAAUAUUCAUAAAAGACAAUUGUAAACUCCCAAUCAAAAAAUAUGUUCUUAGUAUACUCUAAUUUCCUACUAUAGAAAUCUUUUCACCUUCAUUUACUAUUGAAGGACCAUUAUAUCCUGUUUAUAUAUGUAAGGCAAUUACUUUAAGUGUAACCAAUAUUAAAUUUGCAGGCAAACGUCAAUUAUCAAAAAUAGACUGGAAAUUAUAAGAAAGUGAUGCUAAUUAAACUAUUAUUGAUAAUAUAAGAAUAAUUUUGAGUGAGUUUAAUAAUAAUAAUGUGGAUACUAUAACAUUUAAUUCUAAAGUAUUCUAAAAUUUUACAAACUAUACCUUUGAAGUUACGGCAUUAUCAUUUGCUACUAAAAUAAACACAUAAACUUUUAAGUUAUAAACUCUUGGAUUAGUUCAGCCAGUUAUCUAAGCUGACAUAACACAUUUUAAUCAUUACUUUAAGUAGUCAUUAAUUAUUCCAGUAACAGUUUAUUAUUAGAUUUGUUAAUCAUCUAAAAUUGUAGAAUAAUUUAAUAAUCUAACUCUAUAUUGGGUACAAAUCGAAUCCAACCCUACAGAUAGUAAACCUUUGAUUGGAGAGACUAUCACAGAGUCAAUAUCAACUAAAUAACACUACUUAAAAAUGUAACCAUAAGAAGGAUACCCAGAUACAAGUUACAUUAUAUAAGCAUAAUUAAUGUAUCAAGAUACAAUAGAAAUAUUUGAAGAGUAGGUACCUGAUGAGCAAGCAGAUGAAGGAGCAGAUGGAGGUACUACAGGGACUGAUGGUGGAACAACUGGAGCAGAUGGAGGUACUACAGGGACUGAUGGAAGUACUACAGGGACUGAUGGAAGUACUACAGGGACUGAUGGAGGUACUACAGGGACUGAUGGAGGUACUACAGGAACUGAUGGAGGUACUACAGGAACUGAUGGAGGUACUACAGGAACUGAUGGAGGUACUACAGGGACUGAUGAAGGAACAGAUGAAGGGACUGAUGAAGGAACUAUAGAAGAAGUUAUUCAUCAUUAUAAAGAAAUUAAUAUAUUUACUUACCUUAAUUUUACAAUUGAUAUCGACUAUGUAGGAGUUUCUGUAAUUAUUUUAGGAGGAGAUCGAUUUGUUUCAGAGGGACAAUCAUUAACUUUAGAAGCUCAAUAUUGGGAUGGAUUAGAUGAAGGAUCCUCUUAUAAUAGUGAUUCAUCUAUAGGAUUAUAGUGGAAAUGUGUUUAAAUAGCCACUAAUCGUUCAUGUGAGUUAAAUGACGGAACUCCAGUUGUCUUUGAAGAGAAUGUUACUAGUAUCACUCUAGAAGGAGAAAUAUUUAAAAUAGGUUAAUAAUACAAAGUUUCAGUAACAGCCUAUAAGGAUUUAAUUAAAAGAUAUUUCACAUAUGUUAGCAAUGUGAUUUGUUCAUUUAAAUCAGUUGAUGAGUUGAUUCCUGAAUUUCCAAUUGCUGCUUAGACUAGAUAUAUUGAUCUCAAAUAACCCAUCACAUUUACUUUUAUUCCCAACUCAAAUCUUAUAAAUUUUUAUAAUUACACUAUGAUUGUAAUUUAUGAUGAUUAAGAGAUUUCAAAACAAUUUCUAAAAUAUCCUCAAAAAACCUUAAAAUUGAAUGAUUAUCUUCCAAGUACAUUGCCUGUAUAGACAUGCACAAUUUAAAUUAUUCAGUAAUCAUUAUCUUUUUAUUAAAUGGCAAUCUUGCCCAUUAUGUUCAAUCUUCCUCCCUAAAAUGCUAAAAUAACUAUAUCAAGCUAUACUGGAGUGGCAAUAGAAACUGAAUAUAAUAUCACUAUAGAUGAUGCAGAGGAUAAUGAUCUCCCUUUAUAAUAUAGAUUAAGCAUGUAUACAUCUUAAUCUAAUUAUUAAGAGGAUCUUGUAUAAUCAAAUAACUUAAAUCAAAUAAUUUUAACAGAUUAUCAAUUUUCUAAUUCAUUCACAUGUAGAUUACCUUCUGGAUUUGAUUCCAACUAAACUUCAACACCAUAUAUAGUACUUAUGGUUAGUAUUAAAGAUUCAAGAGGUGCUGUUAGUAAUGCGACUGUUCUCAUAGGAAAUUCACCUUAAUUUAAAUUAUGGAAGGCUUAUUUAAUAUCUGUAAAUGAUNGAUGAAGGAACAGAUGAAGGGACUGAUGAAGGAACUAUAGAAGAAGUUAUUCAUCAUUAUAAAGAAAUUAAUAUAUUUACUUACCUUAAUUUUACAAUUGAUAUCGACUAUGUAGGAGUUUCUGUAAUUAUUUUAGGAGGAGAUCGAUUUGUUUCAGAGGGACAAUCAUUAACUUUAGAAGCUCAAUAUUGGGAUGGAUUAGAUGAAGGAUCCUCUUAUAAUAGUGAUUCAUCUAUAGGAUUAUAGUGGAAAUGUGUUUAAAUAGCCACUAAUCGUUCAUGUGAGUUAAAUGACGGAACUCCAGUUGUCUUUGAAGAGAAUGUUACUAGUAUCACUCUAGAAGGAGAAAUAUUUAAAAUAGGUUAAUAAUACAAAGUUUCAGUAACAGCCUAUAAGGAUUUAAUUAAAAGAUAUUUCACAUAUGUUAGCAAUGUGAUUUGUUCAUUUAAAUCAGUUGAUGAGUUGAUUCCUGAAUUUCCAAUUGCUGCUUAGACUAGAUAUAUUGAUCUCAAAUAACCCAUCACAUUUACUUUUAUUCCCAACUCAAAUCUUAUAAAUUUUUAUAAUUACACUAUGAUUGUAAUUUAUGAUGAUUAAGAGAUUUCAAAACAAUUUCUAAAAUAUCCUCAAAAAACCUUAAAAUUGAAUGAUUAUCUUCCAAGUACAUUGCCUGUAUAGACAUGCACAAUUUAAAUUAUUCAGUAAUCAUUAUCUUUUUAUUAAAUGGCAAUCUUGCCCAUUAUGUUCAAUCUUCCUCCCUAAAAUGCUAAAAUAACUAUAUCAAGCUAUACUGGAGUGGCAAUAGAAACUGAAUAUAAUAUCACUAUAGAUGAUGCAGAGGAUAAUGAUCUCCCUUUAUAAUAUAGAUUAAGCAUGUAUACAUCUUAAUCUAAUUAUUAAGAGGAUCUUGUAUAAUCAAAUAACUUAAAUCAAAUAAUUUUAACAGAUUAUCAAUUUUCUAAUUCAUUCACAUGUAGAUUACCUUCUGGAUUUGAUUCCAACUAAACUUCAACACCAUAUAUAGUACUUAUGGUUAGUAUUAAAGAUUCAAGAGGUGCUGUUAGUAAUGCGACUGUUCUCAUAGGAAAUUCACCUUAAUUUAAAUUAUGGAAGGCUUAUUUAAUAUCUGUAAAUGAUUUUAAAGCUUCAGUAACUUAAUAUUAGGGAAAACUGGAUGUUAUAGCUUCAAGUUUAGAAUUAUUAGCCUUCUAUUACGAAUUCUUAAAUUAUAAUUUUAAUUACACAGACCUUGCUCCUACAAUGAAGAUAUUGUAUUCAAAACUAAAAUCAUAAGUAAUUAAUGAUUUGGAUGCUAUCUAUUCUAGAAAUAAAAUACUAAAUCUUUAUGAUCGAACGAUGUUUUAGAUGUAUUUAUUAAAUGAAACAGAAAAAUAAAAUCUCAUUCAAACAAAAUUAUAAUCAAUUUUAGAUACUUCAUUCUAAUAUAAAACAAAACUUUUGGCUGCUCUAGCCUUAUCAUAAUAAAGAGAAUUUUAUGGAGAUUUGAUAAGUUAAGUAGAUAUUGAUUAUGCUCAUUUUACAUUAAUAGAAUAAUUGAAAUAAUUCAAUUCAGUCCUUUCUUUCAAAUUGAACAUUACAGAUAUUGAAUAUACAUAUAAUUUACUUACUAAUACAACUUUAAAAAUGUGGAGAUUGAAUCAUACUGAAUAAGCAUUAGAAAUGGAUGCUUAAGAAGAAGAAGAAAAAGCAAAUGGUCUCACUAUUGAAUAAUAACUUAUCAAAUAUAAUAAUGUAUCAAAGUUUAUUUAACCUUUUACAGUUGAAGAAUUAUUUAUAUUUUCUAAUUUAACUGUUUCAGAAAUGAUGACCAAAUAUAGAAGUCAAUUCAAUUUUACAUCAAAAUAAUUAAUAUCAAUUACAGAUUCAUUAUAAAAAUUAUGCAAAAUUAAUGAAUCUCCAUUAGAAUAUAAUACAUCAUUUGUAUCUAUUAAAUUAUAAUUACUUACUUAUGAUUAUUUUAAAUAAUAAUUCAAUUUAAAUGAUAAUUAUCGAUUGUUAACUUAAUUGAAUUCAACAUAUCACUAUUUAAUUGUUGUACAUAAAUAUAAAAUUAACCCUUAUAUGAUAGAUGAUGAAUUCUUUAAUUUUACUGGAACUUUUGUAUUUGAUUAAACUUUUCCUCUAUACAUACCUUUUAUUUAUGAGGUUUAAAAUAAGACAAUAAUGAAUUUAAUAGAUGAAAUAGAAUCAAAUUAAUUUUCUGUUGAUUUUAUUGUUCCUAAUUCAUCUUUAGGUGUUCUCAACCAAUAUUAAUGUGCAUAAGUAAAAUAUAUAAUAUUUAUAUUAAAAAUAGAAAAAAACAAAGUGGAUUAGUGAUGAAUCUAAUUGUACAAGAAGAGUAGAAUAUGUUACUAAAAUAUUCUAAUUCAAAGUUUGGUGUAUUUGUCCAUAUUUUAGUGAAACUACUUUAAUUAGACCUUUCUAUGUAGAAGAAAUUGCUUUACUGAAACCUAAAUUAUUAAGUAAAUAUAGACCUAUAAAUAUUAGACUAUUAAAAUUUUAUGGAAUUUAAUAUUGGUAUUUAUUUAAUUGGAUUAACGGGAUCCUUAUUAUUAUUAUCAAUACUUGGAGUAAUUUUAGAUAAAUCAAAUGCUGAUAAAAUAAAAUAGGAUGAGGAAGAAAUGGAAAAGGAGAGAAUUUAAAUUAUUUUUUCAUAUAGAGUCAAAAAAAGAAGAGCCUAAUAAGAAGAAGAAGGCUCUAAAACAUUUCUUUCAGAAUCUAAAAUCUUUUGUAAUAAUUCUACUUAAACUGAAUCUCAACCUAUAUAUAGUAAUAAUGAUAUUGGGAUUUAAGAUUUAAGUAUUAAAUUUAUUUUAAUUGGAAUUUUGGUAUUAUUUUAAUAUUAUUUAAGAAAUUGGAAGAAUUGGUUUCAGUUUUUUUGUAUUAUGAUGAUUAUGUUUUAAGACCUAUUAGGUUUUUAGCUAUAUAUAUGAAAUUAAUUGUAAUGCUAUCAAUAUCUGGAGUUUUAAUGAGCGAAGUUAACAUAUUUUAAUAAUAUGGUGUUAUUAUUUUAGUAUCAGAAAUUUCUGCUCUUGUUGUAAAGAUUGUGAAAGCUAUCUUUUCAGGAAAAUUAUUAUAAAUUAUAGUAGGAACAAUAGCAUCACUUUGUAUACUAUCAUUUUCCUUUUAUAGCAUAAUUGACAGAGUAAUUUAGAAUUUUUAUUUAGGCAAUUGGAAAGGAGUAGUAAUAUGUUGAUGAUUGGAUGCAAUUUUAUGGAAUUUGCAUAGGUAUUUACUUUAUUAUAUUGGAUCCAAUACAAAGUAUUUUGAAAAUGUUAUUAUAUCCAUGGUGUAGAAAAUAAAUUGAAACAUAAUAAGAAACUCCUGUUUUACAUUUAGUUUAUUUCUUAAUUACUUAGAAUGAUCUUAAUACAUAUUUCAAAAUUGUAAAUGAUAAAAAGGUGGCUGAUGAUUAAGAGAUAGGGGAUGCAGAGAAAGAAUAAUUUUAAGAUAAAAAAGAGGAUAAUCUUUAAGAAAUUUGA